AUGGAAACUCAAAAUCUAACAGUGCUCAAUGAGUUCAUUCUCAUGGGAAUCACAGACAAACCUGAGCUGCAGGCUCCACUAUUUGGGCUCUUCCUCAUCAUCUAUUUGAUCUCAGUGGUGGCCAAUCUGGGCAUGAUCAUCCUCACCAAGGUGGACACCAGACUACAAACACCCAUGUACUUCUUCCUCAGACACCUGGCCUUCACCGAUCUUGGUUAUUCAACAACUGUGGGACCCAAAAUGUUAGUAAAUUUUGUUGUGGAUCAAAAUACAAUCUCUUAUUAUUUUUGUGCUGUACAACUAGCCUUCUUUCUUGUGUUCAUUGUUAGUGAACUUUUUAUUCUAACAGCUAUGUCCUACGACCGCUACGUGGCCAUCUGCAACCCUCUGCUCUACCCCAUCAUCAUGUCACAAAGGGUGUGUCAGGUGCUGGUGGCAAUCCCUUAUCUCUACAGCACAUUUGUGUCUCUUAUAGUCACCAUAAAGAUUUUUAAUUUAUCCUUCUGUGGCUACAAUGUCAUCAGUCAUUUCUACUGUGACAGUCUCCCCUUAUUGUCUUUGCUCUGCUCAAAUACACAUGAAACUGAAAUGAUUAUUCUUAUCUUAGCUGGUUUUGAUUUGAUUUCAUCCCUUCUGGUAGUUCUUGUGUCUUACCUACUGAUCCUAGUAGCCAUCAUCAAGAUGAACUCAGCUGAGGGUAGGCUCAAGGCUUUUUCCACCUGUGGUUCCCACCUGACAGUGGCCACAGUGUUCUAUGGGACUUUGAUAUUUAUGUAUGUGCAACCUGAGUCCAGUCAUUCCUUUGACACUGAUAAAGUGGCGUCCAUAUUUUACACCCUCGUUAUCCCCAUGCUGAAUCCCUUGAUCUAUAGCUUGAGGAACAAAGAUGUAAAAUGUGCAAGACAAAGGAUGUGGAAAAAAAUAUGUAAUAUCUUUUCUUAA